AUGGUUCAAUUCAUAAAACCCCAAAACAGAGGCAAGAAAGCAACAAGAUUACGCCAUUGCUUCCCCAAAGAAAGGUUGACGCUUUCAUCUCUGUCUCUCAGCGCAGUACUUUGGGAAUGUGCAAGGGGUGUAGACAGUAAUUUGAGGAUGAUAGCAUGCUCAAGAUGCAAAGGAGUUGGAUUAAUCAAAGAAGGUGGACUGUUUGGUUUAAAUCAAAUUCAUGACCUCUAUGAAUCAGUUGGAGGUGGUGAUUCGAAAGUAAGAUCCAUUUCUUGCACCAACUGUAAAUCUAGAGGUCAUUUUAGCUGCCCUGAUUGCUCCAAAACAUCUGUUAGAAUUUGUUUAAGUCAUCUAAAUUGA